AUGUGGUCCAAGGCCAUUUUUGCUGGCUGUAAGCGGGGGCUCUGGAACCAGAGGAAGCACACGGCUCUUCUUAAAAUUGAAGGUGUUUAUGCCCAAGAUGUAACUGAAUUCUAUUUCAGCAUGAGAUGUGCUUAUGUGUACAAAGCAAAAGUCAACACAGUGGCUCCUGGCGGCAAACCUAACAAAACCAGAGUAAUCUGGGGAAAGCAAGAGGAGGCCGCGCACCGCACUGCCCCUGCCGUCAGCCCUGGGAAACCCCAGGUGGGGUGGACAACGGAAGUGGCCCCUGUGGAUGACGGAAGUGGCUCGCCUGGACUUCCGCCUCGCGCGGCUGUGGGCGUCGACACUUUUGUGUGGGAGGUGCGGCCUCCGGUCAAAGGGAGGAGUCCUAGAAGAAGGCAGUGGACCCGCACCCUGUGCCCUUCUUACCCACAUUUCUACCUGUUGUCACUAACCAGGUUCAUCGUGCCUCGUGGUCAGAAGAGUAAAAGCCGGGCCCGUGAGAAACGCCGACAGGCCCAAGGUGAAACCCAGGGUCUUGAGGGUGCUGAGGCCCCUGCGGCAGAGGAAGAAGAAUCUCCUUCCUCCUCCUCUCCUGUUUUAGGGGGUUGUCGCACCCCUGCUGCUGGCAUUCCCCGGGGGUCUCAGAGGUCCCCACCCCCCACUACUCCUACUAAAGCUUUUUCUCGCCUAAGAGUUGCUGAAGGUGCCAGGUGCCAAGAUGAGAACCGUCCAAGUUCCUUUCAGGCCACCUGCUAUGCUGAGAGUUCCUGCAGAGAUCCUCUCACCAGGAAGGCGAGAAUGUUGGUGGAGUUCCUGACAGAGAAGUAUAAAUCGAAAGAGCCCAUCACUAAAGCAGCCAUGCUGAAGAUUGUCAACAAGAAGUACCAGAAUCAAUUCCCUGAGAUCCUCAGAAGAACCGCUGAGCGCAUGGAGCUGGUCUUUGGCCUUGAAUUAAAGGAAGUUGAUCCCAGUGGUCAGUCCUAUUCACUUGUCAGCAAAUUAGAUCUCACCAGUGAGGGGAAUCUGAGUGGUGGUGGGGGCUUGCCUAGAACGGGUCUCCUGAUGACCCUCCUGGGUGUGAUUUUCAUGAAGGGCAAUCGGGCCACUGAGGAAGAGAUCUGGGAAUUCCUGAAUGCAUUGGGGGUGUUUGCUGGGAGGAAGCACUUAAUCUUUGGGGAGCCCAGGAGGCUCCUCACCAAAGAUUUGGUGCAGGAAAAGUACCUGGAGUACCGGCAGGUGCCCGACAGUGACCCUCCACGCUACGAAUUCUUGUGGGGUUCCAGGGCCCACGCUGAAACCAGCAAGAUGAAAGUCUUGGAGGUUUUGGCCAAGAUCAAUGAUACGGUCCCUAGUUCCUUCCCUGCCCUGUAUGAAGAGGCUUUGAGGGAUGAGCAGGAGAGGGCUGGAACCAGGGUUCCAGUCAGGGCUGGCACGACUGUCCCGGCCAGGGCACGGCCCAGGGCCUCGGCCAGCAGCUCCUCCUACAAGUGA